AUGCGAUUCUUUCUUGGUGCGGCGCUGAGUCUACUGUCUUCUACGCAAGUCGUGGCUCAGACUUAUACGGAUUGCAAUCCGACACAGAAGUCAUGUCCCGCCGAUCCUGCAUUUAGCCAAUCUGACAAGACGUUCGAUUUCACAAGUGGCGCAUCUGGUGGUUUCAAGUCUACUGGAGCCGUCACAUAUGACCAAACGAAUGGUGCAACCUUCACUAUUUCUAAACAGGGUGAUGGUCCACUGAUUCAAUCUGGCUGGUACAUCAUGUUCGGCCGCGUGGAAUGCAUCAUCAAGGCAGCGCCAGGGACAGGAAUCGUGAGCAGUGCAGUUCUACAGUCCGAUGAUCUAGACGAAAUUGACUGGGAGUGGCUGGGUGGAAAUGACGCCCAAGUGCAGACCAAUUACUUCGGCAAAGGAGACACAAGUUCAUACAGCCGUGGCGCCUUCCAUGAUAAUCCCGGAAACCAUGACGACUUCCACACUUUUUCCAUCGACUGGACCAGUAGCCAGAUUGUGUGGUCGAUUGAUGGCAAGACUGUUCGUGUUCUCACUCCUGAGACGGCAGAAACCAACCAGUACCCACAGAGCCCGAUGAUGGUCAAGGUCGGUGUGUGGGCUGGCGGUGAUCCGAACAACUCCAAGGGCACUAUUGACUGGGCUGGUGGUCUAACAGACUAUAGCCAGGGCCCGUUCAAGAUGCAUAUGAAGUCAAUGACCGUGACUGAUUACUCUACCGGAACUUCGUACAGAUAUGGCGACAAAAGUGGCUCAUGGCAGUCAAUUAUCGCAGAAGGCGGAAAAGUCAAUGGCAACAGAGCCGCUGAGCCCACAUCGACCGAGUCCGCACCUGUAAUUACUGCAACCAUCGAUAGCGUCCCGGUUCCCUGGAGUGGAACCCACAAAGAGACGUCAAGCUGGGUCACCCCAGAUGUCUGGCCCUGGGUGGCGACUGGCGCUCCUUCGGCCUCAUCGACAGGAUACCAGUCUGGCUGGGAGUCUAGCUCUGGCCAAAAACAGCCACCAGGUGGAGGCUCAAUAAUCUACCUUCCGCUCUAUGUCAGCACCAUUGCCUUUUUCUUCGGUUGCAUUUUCCCCCUCUGGCGAUGA